ACCUGUCAGUCAGAUUCUUGAGCUCCUGCUGUAGGUGGUAUCAUAUGAUCACCAGUGAGACGACGUGAGAUACAGCGGUAACACACCCAGUUUUUACGCACACAGUCAGUGCAAGACUGCGCCGGCGGCAGUUUGAGACAGACCUCCACCGGCUGGCUGUAUGAUUCAACUCAAGUAUUGCAAGAAAAUGAGCAGCUCAUCAUCAUCAUCAUCAUCAUUAUCCUGACUGGCUUUCGGGAACACUGUUUUUAAUACAGCUAAUUAUUGAGCGCAAAUUUUGAUUAAAACGUGUGGAUACUUUUCAUCAUGGGAGGAAGACGCAGAGGCGCAGCUGGAAAUGACUACUCUUAUGUCAGCCCCGUGGUCAAAUAUCUACUGUUCAUGUUCAACUUCCUAUUUUGGAUAAUCUCCCUGGUGAUGGUGUCUAUCGGAGUGUAUGCCCGCAUGAUGAAACAUGCAGAAGCAGCUUGGGCUUGCCUGUCUGUGGACCCCGCUAUAAUGCUGAUGGUGGUGGGGGUCCUCAUGUUCUUCCUCACCUUCUGUGGCUGUGUGGGCUCCCUGCGAGAGAACAUCUGCCUGCUGCAGACAUUCUGUAUCUGCUUGACUGUGAUCUUCCUGCUCCAGGUGGCUGCUGGUGUUUUGGGUUUCAUCUUCUCAGAUAAGGCACGAAGUAAAGUGACUGAGGUGAUCAACAAUUCUAUAGUCCACUACAGAGAUGACAUUGAUCUGCAAAACCUUAUUGACUAUGGUCAGAAAGAGUUUGGCUGCUGUGGUGGCGUAGCAUACACCGACUGGUCCCAGAACAUGUACUUCAACUGCAGCCAGGACAAUCCCAGUAGAGAACGCUGCUCUGUCCCCUACUCAUGUUGUAUCAUAUCCCAAAACAAGGAGGUUAUUAAUACCAUGUGUGGCCAGGGCAUGCAGGAAUUAGAGUAUACUGAAGCUGGAAAACAAAUUUACACUAAUGGCUGUAUAGACAAACUGGUCAACUGGAUUCACAGCAACCUUUUCCUACUAGGAGGCAUUGCACUGGGACUGGCAAUACCACAGCUGGUCGGGAUCCUCCUGUCUCAGCUUUUAAUCAACCAGAUCAAAGACCAAAUCGAGCUCCAGAACUACCAAUUCAAGCACCAAUCUGACCCGUGGAGAUGACCCAAGCCAGGUCAGAGCAGAUUUGGAUGAAUGGCACCAG